AUGGUCCUGCCACCAUGUCUUUCCUCCCACGACGAUAGCCAGCAUGGCUUGUCCUCCUCUCUGCAGAGUGUCACUGCUGAGAUUGAGGAGGAGGAGGAAGCUAACAGGCACUGCCACCCACUGGACUUGGUUGUGAGUCCAAAGGCAGGCAGGAACACAGGAAUCUCCCUUAUAACAAGGUAUGCCGAUGAUUUAGACUUCACUUUAGAGGAUGCGCUGGAUGAUGGCAUCCCAACUAAACGGCCUACUCCCAAGCCACCCAAAAAGCCUUCCAGUGGAACAGGUGACUUGGAUUUGGCUGACUACUUUGACACCCCACCAGAGACGACAACUAAAUCAACCAAGGUGACCACUGGUCCUUAUCCAAGGAAACCAGAUGAAAUCCACUGGAACGUGAUGCAUACCACCACCAAGCAGCCCAAAACUACCAAGGCUCCGCCCAAGAAGGUCCCAGCCAAAGAUCCAAUGGAUUUCGACUUAUCUGAUGCUUUGGAUGACCACAACCCUGGACAAGGUGGAGGAACGCCUAAUGUAAAUCCUGGUGGAGGCUCGAAAGGUACAGGUGGAAGAGGUGGAAAACCUGGCUUUUCGGAUGAUGACUUGGCUGGAAUUGUGGAUGAGGGCGGCUACCAGCCAGAUAAAAAGAAAGGUGGAAGUUCAGGAAGUGGCGGCAGUGACAAUGACGGUGCCUUAGUAGUAGAGACGGGAACAAUUGCUGGCAUUGUCAGUGGCCUUGCCAUGGCCCUGAUUGGUGCUGUGAGCAGCUACAUCUCCUACCAGCAAAAGAAGUUCUGCUUCAGCAUACAACAGGGUCUUAAUGCAGAGUACGUGAAAGGAGAAAACAUGGAAGCGGUGGUGACUGAAGAACCGCAAGUUAAAUAUUCUGUCCUUGAGCCACAGACUGCAGAGCCACCUCCGCCGCAAGAAAACGCAAAAGUCUGAAUCCCAGACUUGGUCUGGAGAAGAAUCAAUGGCAACACACACACACGCUUCUCACAUGCUUGUAAUUUAGCUUUUUACAAACAUUUGAUUUGGAUCCAAAGCUAUUUAAAUGUGCGUUCUUCUGAUUAAGAAGGCUUCUUAUUGUGGUAGCUGGUAUUCUGGUUUUUUUCUUUCCUUCGUGAAGAGUUGUAGGUUUACAUUCACAUGGUCAUGUAGGAGUUUUGUCAGGUUGAUUUCAAGAACAAAAGGGUGCUUCAAAUUGGUGUUUCACAUUAGAGGUAGGGAUUUUCAUGAAGGUGGGGGGGGGGGAGAAGCAGCUGAGUUAGUGACUACAGGUGUGAGAACAAAUGAAGUGCCUGUAAAUUAACAGUCCAAAGCAAACCAUUUAAAAAACCUUUAUGAAAUGACUUUCAGCCAAAUUCCGGCUGUCAGCCAUAAGCAUGCAGCUUCCACUGAUAACAGUGAAAGUUACAUGAAUGUUGGAGGGUGGAGUUUAGUCCUUUAAGUAGCUACACCUCAAGUUAUACAAGUGCCUGUGGGGUAGGUCUUCAUUUGACAGAGGACAGCAGGUGAAUAUUACCCCCAUACAACUGGGCUUCUCUACAGAUAUAAACAUCCUGAAUUUUUUUUGCUACCAGAACCCUAUGCAGCUAGUUGUUGUGGAUGCAAUGUUUCCUAUUUAAAAAUCCAGGGACAUUUCAGGAGGUCAGAAUUUGAACCUAUACCUAAGCCCUUCUGCUGGCAA